AUUUUUAUCAUGUUAACUAUCUUUCAAGCUGCUUAUGAAGGCAAACUGUUUAUUGUUCAACAAAUGUUGGACAAAGACAAAGGCCUGUUGAAUGCCUUUGAUGAUGUAAUUCAAAUGAUAUUUAAACAACCGUAAUCCAAUAAUAAGAUAGGAUGGACGUAAUCCUCUUCAUUGGGCUGCUUCAGGAGGUCAUGCAGAUAUCGUAGAUUACUUACUUAAAAUGGGUGCACUGAUCAAUAGUCAAGAUAAAGAAGCUGGCUGGACACCUCUUUUGAUUGCUGUCUCUGCUGGACAUACAGAUGUUGUCAAGUUAUUAUUGGAAAAAGGAGCUGAUCCAUCCUUAGAAAACGAAACAAGUCAAUCUGUAUUGCAUUAUGCUGCAAGUAAAAACCGUCUUGAAAUCUGUAGAUUAUUAAUUCAAUACAAUGCACCUAUAAAUCAACUCAACAAAUAUAAACAAACACCCUUGUAAGCAACUUCAAGUGUAUAUAUAUAUAUUUUCGUUUAACACCUAUUAGACACCGUGCAGCCAGUGGUGGUU